ACGACGGCAAUGAAUUCAGAGACUGCAGCACGCAGCGCGGCGACACCUCAGAGAGUCUGCGUGUGGACGCCCCUGGCUCCGCCCACAUGGCCAGUCACAACGGGGAGCUGCGGAUCCUGAGCGUCUACGGAAAAGGGGAGGGCCCACUGGCGGUGGAUGGUUUGUGGAUGGUUUCUCCCAACAAUGCCAAGAUGAUGGUACACAUGAGGACCCGACCAAACAAGAAGCCGUACGGGUGCGGCCAAUGCAAGAAGCGCUACAUACGGGAAGACUUCCUGAAGAUCCACAUGAGGACUUGCUCUCGGGAGAAGCCCUACAGCUGUGAACAAUGCACGAAGAGCUUCAGUCAGAAAGAAAAGCUGAAGAGCCACAUGAGGACUCAAACCGGGGAGAAACCCAACAGCUGUGACCAAUGCACGAAGAGCUUCAGUGAGCUAAACGUACUGAAGAGCCACAUGAGGACUCACACCGACGAGAAGCCCUACGGGUGCGACCAAUGCAUCAAGCGCUACAGAUGGAAAGAUUCCCUGAGGAUCCAUAAAAUGACUCACUCCGGGGAGAAGCCCUACAGCUGUGACCAAUGCACAAAGAGCUUUAGUCAGCAACACGAACUGAAGAACCACAUGAGGACCCACACCGGUGAGAAGCCCUACAGCUGUGACCAAUGCACGAAGAGCUUCAGUCAGCUAAACGUACUGAAGAACCACAUGAGGACUCAUACCGACGAGAAGCCCUACGGGUGCGACCAAUGCAUCAAGCGCUACAGAUGGAAAGAUUCCCUGAGGAUCCAUAAAAUGACUCACUCCGGGGAGAAGCCCUACAGCUGUGACCAAUGCACGAAGCGCUUCAGCCAUAGCUCGUCCCUGAAGAUCCACAUGAGAACGCACUCCGGGGAGAAGCCCUACAGCUGUGACCAAUGCACUAAGAGCUUCAGUGAUCUAAACGUACUGAAGAGCCACAUGAGGACUCACACCGACGAGAAGCCCUACGGGUGCGACCAAUGCAUCAAGCGCUACAGAUGGAAAGAUUCCCUGAGGAUCCAUAAAAUGACUCAUUCCGGGGAGAAGCCCUACAGCUGUGACCAAUGCACGAAGAGCUUCAGUCUGCAAAAAGUACUGAAGAGCCACAUGAAGACUCACACUGGGGAGAAACCCUACAGCUGUGACCAAUGCACUAAGAGCUUCAGUGAGCUAAACGUACUGAAGAGCCACAUGAGGACUCACACCGACGAGAAGCCCUACGGGUGCGACCAAUGCAUCAAGCGCUACAGAUGGAAAGAUUCCCUGAGGAUCCAUAAAAUGACUCACUCCGGGGAGAAGCCCUACAGCUGUGACCAAUGCACGAAGAGCUUCAGUCAAAGUAACGAACUGAAGAGCCACAUGAGGACUCACACCGGUGAGAAGCCCUACGGAUGUGACCAAUGCACGAAGCGCUUCAGUGAAAGUGGAAACCUGAAGACCCACAUGAGGAGUCACACCGGCGAGAAGCCCUACGGGUGUGACCAAUGCACGAAGCGCUUCAGUUCGAAAGGCAUUCUGAAGAUCCACAUUAGGACUCACACCGGCGAGAAGCCCUACAGGUGUGACCAAUGCACGAAGCGCUUCAGUUCGAAAGGCAUGCUGAAGAUCCACAUUAGGACUCACACCGGCGAGAAGCCCUACAGGUGUGACCAAUGCACGAAGCGCUUCAGCCAGAGCUCGUCCCUGAACGUCCACAUGAGGACUCACACCGACGAGAAGCCCUACGGGUGUGACCAAUGCACGAAGCGCUUCAGUUCGAAAGGCAUGCUGAAGAUCCACAUUAGGACUCACACCGGCGAGAAGCCCUACAGUUGCGACCAAUGCACAAAGCGCUUCGCUCGGCAUGACACCCUGAACUUCCACAUGAAGACUCACACCGGCGAGAAGUUUAAUUUCUAACGCAAGGUUAGUUUUAUUUCUAACAUUAUGGGAAUCAGGCCCUUUGUCCAAAAUUCCAAACUACCACUUCAAAGGGAUUAUUUGACGCCUGUAUCCAGGUGCUUUUUUUUUUCAUCAUGAUUAAACGCUUUCCAACUUUGAUUCGCCAUGUUUUUAUUUUUGAGAAAUUAUGUCUGUGAUGAAGAAUGACUUAGUUCUCGGACACUUCUGACUGCAAAACAUUUGAUUUAUUUUUAGAGCUUAAUCAUGGGAAGAAACAGGCAGCAAAUUGACCAAGCAUUUGUUCAGUAAGUUGCAAAUGCAAACUAUCUUAAUGCCUUUUAAUUCGAGGGGACGGGAGGUAUCUCUAGGUCCAAGGAGAAUGUAUAUAAAUUACUUUAAAUUGAUUAAUUAUAUAAACAGGGUUCAUGUCAUUUGUAUACAAUUGUAUAUUGAAGUUACGUUUUGAUAUUUCCACAACUAUGUCAUUACCUCUACCUUGGUUAUUAGAGAAAGCCUGCAAAGUUCACCUGUGAAAUAGACUGCAAUUAAACCCCACAUUAUACAUGAUUGUGUUCAUUUCACUAACCUUUUGUCAUGUCCUUAAUGCCAACUACCUCUUGUUUUGACUUUCUAAUUGCUGUCUUUCUACUGCCAUUAUUUUCUAAUUCAUAUCUUGUACCACAAUAGGCAAUCGUGGUUGAAGAGGAUCCACUUAAAAAGGUCCCUGGUUAAAUGUCUAGAUCUCAGUGAUGCUUGAGUCAGUUCAUGCAGGUCCUCCUAGAGUGCAGCAUUAUUCUAAUGGGACAGAGUCGGAAGAUUCCUAGCAUUGGUCACCCUUCACUCCUUGUUUGCCGUGGCGGCUG